AUGCCCGCCGACCUCCCCUGCCGCGCCGGCCACCCGAGGCUCCCCGCCGGCGGCCCUCCACGUCCUGCGAGGCGUCGUGGCUCCCUGCCGCGCGCGGUCCGCAAGCCCCCUCCCUGCCUCGCGCGGGUGCCUGCCGGCCGCGUCUGGUCCGGGCCGCCGCCGCCGCCGCAUCCCCGCCGGCCACCGCUCCGUCUAGCCUCCUCACCGGUCUCCGCUCCCCCGCCCGAGCUUUCCCGCCGCCCCCCGGUCGAGCUGUGGUCCGUGGGAUGGAUGCAAAUACUUCCGAGCAGCAGCCACAGAAUCCAAGUGCCACAAAAUCCAAGUGAGGCAGCAGAGGCAUCAGUUCCAUUAGAUGUGUUACCUGAUGAUGAUGAGAGACUAUAUCCUGAGUUUGUUGGCAAUUUGCCACAAUUCGAAGAAACAGAUGAGGAGGAGGAGGAGGAGAAUAAUGACAUGGCUGUGAAUGGGGAUGAUGAGGAUGUAGAUGACUUCCCGAUGAUUGAAUAUGACAAAGAGAAUCCUUCUCUUGAAGAGGGCAGUGUAUUUCCAUCAAUGGUUGCUUUACGGAAUGCACUUGCUACCUACUGUCUUAAGAAUGAAUAUGAUUACGAAAUCGACAAGAGUGAGCCAAGAAGAUUAACUGUGCAUUGUGUCUUCAAGAGGUGUCAAUGGAGGUUGCAUGCCUCCCCAAUGAGGAAUAGCAGAAUCAUUCAAGUCAAAGUGAACCCGCAUCGUCACUCUUGUCCAAGUGCUGAAAGGAAAGCAUCAUUGAAGUUGUGUAAGAGUAGGUGGUGUGGUGAUGUAGUGUUGCCAUGGGUGACAGAGAAUCCAUCUAUUGGCCCCACUGAAUUAGUGAAGAAAAUCAAAGAGAAGUAUAGUGUUGAGGUCCCUUACAUGAGGGUAUUCUAUGGAAAAGAACAGGCUCUGGACAUGAUUUAUGGUCCUUGGCAAGAAAGUUUCAAGUUGCUCUACACUUACAAAGCUGGAUAAGAAAAAGAGAGAAUUUAGAUAUCCAGUGGACUUGGAAAAGAGGACAUGUACUUGUAGAAAGUGGCAGAUGACCGGGUUGCCGUGCAUCCAUGCCCUCUUCUUCAUUACUUCUCUUCGUGGUUCAGCUGCCGAAAUAGAUCAGUAUGUACAUGAGUACUACUCAGUGGCCAAGUUUAAUGCAACCUAUGCUGAAAAUGUACCUUCUAUAGAGGCAAAGCAUCAGUGGGACAUUGUUGAUCCAGGUUUCGUGAUGCAUCCUCCAAUUCAAGGAAGAGCACCGG